CGUCAGGCGCCGGAGUGUUGUGGCCGCCAUGGGGAAGAGCCGUUCGCGGGCUGCCAAGUCGGCAAGCGUCUUCCAUAUCGCCCGCAGCGGUGCCGUCAAGGCCAAGACCAGGGGCAAGGCGCGACCCGUCACCUCCGGGCUGAAGCAGAUAAACAUUAGAAACGCUGAGAAAGUUAGCACAAUAAAUAAGGCAUUUGCUGAAGUUCAGAAGGAAGUACAGCACCUAUCAAAAGGCACUGCAGCAGAGCCUCAGAAGAGUCAAAAGGUUUCCACAAAUCUGGAAGAGGAACCAGCAAACGUGGAUGCUGCCACAAGCCUGCUCUCGCAGUUGUAAUGAAUGAUGGACAGUGGAGGUUGCAAGAAAUGAAGAUCACAAAGAGUCAUGGCUGUGUUUGUACAGUUUUAUUAAAAAAAAAAAUCUUAUUAAUAUACAAGUAUUGGCACACUUUAAUACAAACUACAAACAGACCUUCCCUAUCUUCUAGGAAAGUGGAAUGUCAGAAGUCAGUGUGAGAAACUUAAAGUGCUAAAACAGAAGGCACUUCACAAAAUUGGUUCACUGAAACAACUUCUCGUAACUCGAGUUGAUACCCUUCACUCUUCAGCUUGGCAGUGAAAGCUUCAAAACUGAUUGAAAGGUUUAAAAUAUUAAGAAGCUUCUUGGCAGUAAAGCUUUGAAGGAAAUGCUGUUAACUGAGCAAGCAGCCUAAUCAUUUCUUAUAAAAAAUGAUCAAAAG